AUGCGCAUCGCCGAACACGUGGCAGCUGUGCGGAGAAAUGAUGCCAACUCUCAGGUUGCGGCCCAUUCGACGAGACCCGGCCACACAUUCGAGUUCGACGAGGCCGAAAUUCUUGCGGGAGAUGACAACCGCGUGAGCGGCGAGUUGCUUGAGUCCGGGUUCAUGGUAUCCCAGUCUAUUAACAAGUGCAGUAACAUCUCCAUUCCAUAUUCGGCGCUGAGGCAUAGUCUGGCCAAAGCAAGUGACCACUCAUGGAGCGCGCAGGCCGGUGAGCCACAUGGCCGAGGAAUCAUCACGCCAGCAUUCAACACGGGUAAUGAGAUUCUGGCAAUUAACAACUUGCGUGCCGGCUAUCAAGCAGUUAACGCACCGGCAGGCAACAAUUCUCAAUGA